CGCCCGCCAGCGAACCCUGGCUGUGAGCUCAUAGGGGACCACAUCGUGUUGGAUCUGUCCAGGAUUUUAUGGUCUUUGUCCUGGAUCCAGGCACAAACCAGAGGUGAAGACGAAAAAAAAAUAAGAGAGAGCCCCUGGUCUCUUUUAAUCGGUCCCUUGUCUACUGUGUAGCGGCCCGGGAAAUCUGCAUUCUUCCCUCUUUUUUCCCUCGCACUCCAUUCUACGUUGGUUGUCGGCAAUCGGUCGACACGGCGCAACAGAAUCAGAUUCCUGCCAUAUCGGACCAGAGAAGCUGUCAACUCACAUCAAUCCGCGUCCCAAACAGACUCGGCGUCAGCCAUCCACUGAACGACCUCUUGUCACUCACCCUCCUAUACACCUCUACAAUCCAUCACGUCGGUCUGGCUGGCCGCCCAAGUGCUCGCCCCGACUUUUACCCCUGCUUAUCGCCAUAAUUUCUCCAGCGCCACCAUAACCACCCAUCCAAGAAAAUGCAGGAGACACGCCCAGACUGCAUCCUGUAAUUUUUCUUGUCUUGCGCGUUUUUGACCUCUUGCAUCCUUGGGCGUAUUCUGUGCUUUUCCUUCUUAUCAGGCCGCCCCGAGCCUGCUCAGCACCUGCUCAGCACCACGCGCCUGUCGUGGGGAAACGGCAUUGGCUAUUGUGGACGAAUCGAUAUCCAAAAAGAGGCCUGAGGAUCGCGAAUCCCAUCGAUAGAUCUAUAUCCCGGCGGACAGCAGAAACAGAUCAAGGCUGUCAAGAUGAAGUUUGGAAGAAACCUCCCCCGCAACCAAGUCCCAGAAUGGGCGUCCGCGUACAUAGACUACAAAGGACUCAAGAAGCUCAUCAAGGCCGCGGCCGCGACCGCGCAGAAGGGAGAGAAGGCGGACCUUGCAGAAUUCUUCUUCGCCUUGGACCGGAACCUCGAGGAUGUCGACGCCUUUUACAACCGCAAGUUUGCCGACGCCUGCCGCCGCCUGAGGCUGCUGCACGACCGCUAUGGCAGCAACGCCGACUCGGUGGCGAACCUCGACGAGGACGAGGUUGAGGAGCUUAUGGGUGCUAUGCUCGAUCUGCGCACUCGCCUGAGGAAUCUGCAGUGGUUCGGCGACAUCAACCGCCGCGGCUUUGUCAAGAUCACCAAGAAGCUGGACAAGAAGGUACCCGACACGGUCACCCAGCACCGCUACAUCGCCACCAGGGUCGACCCCCUCCCCUUUGCCAAGGAGAACACCAUUGUGCGCCUGCUGAACGACGUCAACAAGUGGCUGUCCGUCCUUGGUGAUGCCCAGAACAUUGACGACGCCAGGUCUGACCGCUCGGCAAGGUCUCUGGGCCGCGCCUCUGCCAAGGCCAUGAUGAACUUUGCGCCUGCUCUCAUUGACAAGCUGGACGGUGCCAUCCGCAGCGAUGACAUGGACGCGCUCAAGUCUGGGCUCGCCGAAGGCAAGCUGGACUUGACAGACACCAGCGCCCAGAGCCUCCUGCUCAACCUGGUGCAGCGUUCCAUCUCGGCGAGAUCAAGGGCUUCCAUCUCGUUCCUGCUGGGUCACGUCAAGUCUCUUGAUGACCCAGAGGACAUCAACGGCCGUAACUGCAUCCACAGACUCGUCAUCCACAUUGGUCGCUCCAAGACGACGUCUGCCGGCGAGCAGGAGCCCGUCUCGUACCCGUUCCCCAACUCUGGAAAGUUCGAGGUUUCUCUGGGCGCCAACUAUGUCACACCUCCGGCCCCUGUGCCGCCCGGAGUCGCCCGUCCGCAACAAGGGCCCGUGUCCAAGGAGGAGAAGCUCAUUGGGCUAAGCGACGACGCCGUGCAGACGCUGUCGUACCUGCUCGAUACCCUAAAGGAAGAGCACAGACCCGCUCUCGCCGCCAGGGACUCGUUUGGCCGCACGCCGCUGCACUAUGCGGCACAGUUCGGUAUUGUCGAUGUUUCGCAGCUGCUCAUGGCCAGGAUGCAGGCCUGGGGCCAGUUCGACGUCAGCCACGGCAUCGACGCCCCCGAGUGGCAGGACAACGAGGGCAGCGCCCCGCUGCACCUGAGCGUCAUCGGCGGCCAUGCCUUGACGACCAAGGCGCUCCUUCAGGGCGAGAGCUGGCAGGGGCCGCUCGAGGACAGGGUGGAAGUGCGGAGGGCCGUGUCCAAGUCGAGCGCCGUCCUCGCUAUCGCGACCAAGCACAACCACCAGGACAUCGUCAAGAUGCUGGUCGAGGCCGGUGUCGACAUCAACUGGCAGGAUAAGAGCGGCGAGACGUCGUUGCACAUUGCCGCCCGCUUCGGCCACGACGAGUGCGCAAAGAUUCUCCUCAAGGGAAGUGACGAACAGAGGGCAGACCUCGAGCUCGCCGAGAAGUCGUUCGCGUGGGCACCCCUCCACAUCGCCGCGGUGGACGGGCACCUGUCGGUUGCGCAGCUCCUUGUGGACGCCGGGGCCGACGUCGACAAGGGCGACUCUUCGGGCUGGACGGCCAAGGAGCAUGCCGCGCUCCGUGGCCACAUGCCCAUCGCCAGACUGCUGGCGGCGCAUUCCAGCAUCGACGAAUCGGCGCCGACCAACGGCGCAGAGUCCCAGCAGCAGCAGCCCGGCCAGCCGAGCACGGGCACGUCGCCGCCAGAGGUGUCCUCGCUCGGGGACCGGCGCUCCAACAUGUCGGCGCGCCCGGCCGAGCCCAUCAGGGCGUACGGCCACCGCUACCUCAAGGACCAGACCAUGAUUCUGGUCAGCCUGGGAAGCAUGGACAUGCGCAAGCACACCGAGGCCGUCAAGCUCGACCGCGUCCCGCUCGCCGAGGCCCACACGACGCAGCUCGACACGGCACUCUCGCUGGUGAUAUCGGCCACGGGCGCCCAGGGCGAGUCGACCGUUGUCGACCUUCCCGUGCACGAGAACAUCUGCACCGAGCCCGUCAUCUUCCAGACGACAGACGUGGCCAAGGUCAAGCUCCUGUUCGACAUCGUCCCGACGUACUCUGGAAACGAAAAGAACAAGAUCGGGCGCGGAGUGGCGCUACUCUCGAGCUUGCGGCCGUCGAUUGGGGCCAAGCGCAUGAGCCUCCAGGGCGACGUCUGCGUCCCCAUCUUGGCCUCGAACCUCGACGUCAUCGGCUCGGUCCACUUCAACUUCCUCGUCAUCACGCCCUUUGCCCACCCCAACAUGGAGGUCACCUCCAAGCAGACGUACUGGAAGAAGAUGUCGUCGACCAUGGUGAUCGGCCACCGCGGGCUCGGCAAGAACCUGGCGGCCAACAAGUCGCUGCAGCUGGGCGAGAACACAGUGCCGUCCUUCAUCGCGGCGGCGAACCUGGGCGCCAACUAUGUGGAGUUUGACGUGCAGCUCACCAAGGACCACAUCCCCGUCAUCUACCACGACUUCCUCGUCAGCGAGACGGGCAUCGACGCGCCCGUGCACACGCUGACGCUGGAGCAGUUCCUGCACAUCAACCCGGACUCAAACCGGAGCCACAGCCCCUCGGCGAGCGCCAAGAAGGGCGGGGACGGCGGCAGCAACAACGGCGUCAACGGCGGCGGCUCCAACGGGGCCGGGCUGGGUGCCGCCAAGGAUAACGGGGCGGGCCUGCUGGCCAAGAAGAAGGUGCGCAGCAACAGCCCCGGGCCGCGGCAGCGGUCGCAGUCGAUGGGGUGGAGCGCGACGGACACGACGGUGCUCGACGAGCGCAUGAAGCACACGCGCGACUUCAAGCUCAAGGGCUACAAGGGCAACUCGCGCGGCAACUUCAUCCAGGCGCCCUUCGCGACGCUCGAGGACCUGUUCCACAAGCUGCCCGAGGGCGUGGGCUUCAACAUCGAGAUGAAAUACCCCAUGCUGCACGAGAGCGAGGAGCACGAGAUGGACGCCUACGCCGUCGAGCUCAACUCGUUCUGCGAUACGGUGCUGGCAAAGGUCUACGACCUCGCGGGCCCGCGCAACAUCCUGUUCUCGUCCUUCAACCCGGACAUCUGCCUGUGCCUGUCCUUCAAGCAGCCCAACUUCCCCAUCUUGUUUCUUACCGACGCAGGCACGUGCCCCGUGGGCGACGUGCGGGCCAGCAGCCUCCAGGAGGCGAUCCGGUUCGCGAGCCGCUGGAACCUCCUCGGCGUGGUGAGCCAGGCGGAGCCGUUUGUCAACAGCCCGCGCAUGGUGCGGGUGGUGAAGCAGCACGGGCUGGUGUGUGUGAGCUACGGGACGUGGAACAAUGAUCCCAUCAUGGUUCAGCGUCAAGUCAAAGAAGGUAUCGAUGCCGUCAUCGUCGACAGCGUCCUGGCCAUCCGCAAGGGCCUCACGCAGGCCGAGGCCGACGCCCCGACGAACGGUUCGGUGCAGGAGGCUGUGCAGGCGGUUGCCGACACUGGCGGCAUGGUCGGCACGAAGGAUGAGAUCCUCGCUGCGUGAAGACGGAGGGCAGCGGAGGGGAGGGGAAGGCAAGUAUAAUGAACCACCUUGACCUAUACACGCGCUAGAAUACUACCUAGACAGGCGGAUGUGGUAUUUGGCUGUAUUUUAUGUAUAUCCGGCAUUUUUUUUGGAGGCCAUAACGCUCAACUCUCAGAAGAGGAGACUGGUAUGGGUUGGUGACGCUAGGAGCGAGAGGAGGUAACAACGAAGCACAUGAAUAUAUAUGGUAUCAACUUUCAGUGUGGC